AUGUACACCUAUGCUGCCGUGCCCCUUUACCCCUGCCUCUGCUUACCCUACUUUAUUGUCACAGUUUAUCUCACCUCCACAAUCCCUGAUCAGUUGGUGACGGCACAAUGCGACAGACGACGGACCAGGGGUUUAAUUCUCGACUGCAAAAGAAUACCUGAGUCCCUGACUUCUCUCGUUAUCGAAUCCCGUCGCCCCGCUUUUGUUCGCUUUACCAAGGUUCCCUCUUGGACUCGCCGCUCUCGCAGCUCCCUGCAACCUCGGUCCUCGAAUUUGCUCCAUUUCAACUCUUGA